AAGCCGUACUUAUCGUUGACAUAUACAGACGUGGAGGUCGUGUAAGUUACUAUAACCUCCUCUCUCACAGCACUAUUGGGAAAUAGCAGUUCCUCUUUUUCACCAUAUUUCUAAUUGAUCAUUCACGAUGGGCGCGUUUUUUGAAACCAUCUCGGAUUCCCUUAUUGAAUGGACUCUUCAACAAAAAGUCUUCUGGGUCUCUACGGCACCAUUGUCGGGAAAGGGCCAUGUCAACGUCUCCCCGAAAGGAGGUAAGGCCUUCGGUAUUCCCAAUAACAAAACAUUCUGGUAUGUGGAUAUGACGGGUUCCGGCAACGAAACCAUUUCACAUCUUUUAGAACCGGGCAAUGGCCGAAUCACCAUCCUCUUCAACGCCUUCGAAGGCCCACCGCGCAUCUUGAGAUUCUGGGGUAAGGGUCGUGUGCUAGAACAUGGAUCACCCGAGUUCAACGAAAUUGUCGAACGCGAGAACAUCGAAGUCAUUCCGGGUACCCGUUCGAUUAUCGUGGUAGAUAUUCAUCAAGUCGGCACUUCGUGUGGUUAUUCGGUACCAUUCUUUGACUUUAAAGAAUUCCGAACUACCCUUAACGAUUUCUUCAAGCGCAAGGAGGAAAAAUAUCUAGCGGGGAAUGAAAAGGAGAGCAUGGAUCGCUAUUGGGCGCUAAAGAACGCCUGGAGUAUGGACGGCUUGCCCGGCAUGCAGAGGGGUCUUAAGGCUGGACGCCUCUACGCUAUCAACCCUGUAAAGAAGAUGGUUGGACCGUUCGCUCCCAAAAAUGGCGUCAACUUACGAGUCUUCAAUAACUUCCAAGUCGAACACUUGAUCAUCAUAGUAUUAUCUCUCUUACUCGCCAUCUCGCUUGCGACGCAUCCUGCUUUACAGCUCCAGGCUCAGACACGGAUCCGAGAAGCUAUGCAAGCUGUGCCGGAUGCACUACCGAGUUCUGUCAGAUUCCGAGACUGAUUUUGAACGCUAAAUGGUUUUCAUGACACAUCGUUUUCGCUUCACGAAUGAGAAGCACGAUACAAACAAAAAUAUUCGGCGAGGGUAAUGUGGGAUACUCUCGGGGGAUACGAAUGAUUAACAAUGUCUUAAGGGAAAUGCAUCAAUAUCCUUUCCUUGAACUGGUCUUAACGGCGAGCAGCACUCGUUUAAGAUAUGGGGAAUGUCUUGAGGAGUCAGCAUUGCCAGCUGCUGAAAAUGUUAACGACAACGAAACGACAAUCAAAUACUGACUCCUUAUAUAUCAGCAUCGGUCUGAAAUGGAAUGACUUUUGAAUAUAGGCUAGCAAUUGAGGAUUACCAUUAACAAGUUCCCUUGCAUGGUGCUGACUGGAGGGUAGGUAUUCUGUGCCGCUCGCGCAAGUACGGAUUUCGUUUAGGUAGGCCCGUCAGGUACGGGUUUCGUAUUUGUACGCCCUUUGUCACUCUCGACGCAUACCUAGAGUCAUUGAAUUGGUAAAGUUGGGACAGAAGAAUAAAAGUAAAUAACUAAAGGAUAAUAGGCAUUUCUCAUCCAACUAAGAGAUAGCAUCAUGUCCACGUCCAUCUUCGAGCUAAUCCCCCAGUCUUCUCAAGUCUACCGGCGUAGUGGAUCUCAUUUUAAG